UACGUUUCCACAUCACAUGUGUAAGUCACGUACUGAACCUUGGUCGACUUCUGCGGUUGUUGUGAUGUUACAAAAAUCCUGCUCGCAAGGUGCGCAGUUUCGGCUGAGCGCAGAGAAAACUCCCUCCUGUGGCAGAUUGAUUUGAAAACAGCUUUUUAAGGUCAAACGCUGUACAUUCUUGUUUCUUGAACACCCGAACAUUUCAGUGCAGACGGUCCAUGUUCAGGUCUAAAACGCUUCCCACUUGACACACCCCGAGGACCCGGGGCGCAGCUUGAAACCCCGACACAUGCUCGGGGAGUCUAAUGCGUUAAUCGGCCAAGUCGAUGACUAAGACAUCUGUUUCAACAGGUAAAACUAGUUGAACCGUCAAACCAUGCCUUGAGUGGAGACAGGACCGGUAUCUACAUCUGGUUUUCUGUUACGCCCAUGCAAAAUCGAUGCAAAUUUACAGUUUGGUCGUGUGUGAUACAAGAGGAGUGGCUUUGAGCUGCCUCAGUUUAUAGAUCCUAAGAUCAGUAUGAAGACGUACAUGCCUCACCCAAACUCAGCUGUCACAACGUGUCUCAAGUGAAGCUGGCCUGGAGGCGGAAGGAAUAUUCAUUUCACGGAGACAGCAACGAUGCGCAUAACCAAUAAGAAGUGUCUUGGACUGAUUUUCAUCGGUGUUGGUGGGCUUCUAGCCUUGUUUCAUGCUUGGAGCCCUGGGUCCAGCUCAAGAGUUGACAUAAGGUCAAGACAACGGAGUCGAAUAAAGACACUCCUUGAGUGGAAAAUUCAAGACAUCACUAGAGGCUAUCGUGAAAUUGCCUACCAUAUAAAAGAGGAGGUUUCAAGUCGUUUGGCUCAAAAUACAUGUAUAUGUCUGGCUGAUGAGGAGACUUUUCAACUGCCGUUCUCCAAUCUGCUCUUCCCACGCGUGUGGGCCCACAAACUCGAUGCGGCGUUUUUAGAUUCUCAUCCAGACCCUGAGGGUGUAAAGCGUCACAGAACUCAGGAGUACAACAGCUUUAAGAGGAGGUCCUACAGUCCUGCAGAUAUGCUUAUUGUAGCUGAGGCCAACAGUCCUCUUCAGUAUCCUAUCCAGGGGGUGGAGGUGCGACCCCUCAAAACAAUCAUCAUUCCUGGUUUGGGUCUUAAAGAAGAAACAAAAUCAAACCAUAUGGUGUAUUUGACAGCAGCAAUUGGGACUUUUGAUGUUGCUGCUAUGGUGGACAAUGUCUCUGUCAAAGGAGAGGGAGAGAAGCACAUAAUACUGUCAAGUCCUCAUCUCUCUGCUCUGAAUAGGCAGCUGCAGUUUGUCACCUAUACAAACACUGUUUUCAACCCAAAGACAGCGGAUACAGUUGACUUUGCAACUGAAGGUCACCAUGCAUUUUUCACCAUUAAAGUUGGACAUGGAACCGUCCCCAAACUUUACAACUCUGGAUACCAAACAGAGUACAACAUUAGUGCUCUUGUUACCAUCGCCACCAAGACGUUUCUACGCUAUGACAAACUCAAAAAUCUCAUUGACAGCAUACGGCAAUAUUAUCCCACCAUCACCAUAGUGAUAGCAGAUGAUAAUGAACACCCUCAGCCAGUGACCGGGCCUCACAUUGAACAUUACAUCAUGCCAUUUCGAAAGGGUUGGUUUGCAGGAAGAAACCUGGCAGUGUCUCAAGUGAUCACCAAGUAUGUGCUCUGGGUGGAUGACGACUUCAUCUUCACUGCAAACACCAAGUUGGAGAAGAUGGUGGACAUCCUAGAGAAGACCACUCUGGAUCUGGUUGCUGGUGCAGUGAGAGAGGUUACAGGUUACACAGCAACAUACCGUCACAUCAUUUCAGUGGAAGAAGGGGGAGAGGAGGGCGACUGUUUACAUAUCAGAAAUGGCUACCACCAUAUCAUCGAGGGAUUUCCCAACUGUGUGGUAGCUGAUGCUGUUAUCAACUUCUUCAUGGCGCGGACAGAGAAGGUUCAGCAGGUGGGCUUCAACCCUCGCCUGGCACGUAGUGCUCAUCUCGAGUUCUUCAUCGACGCUCUGGGCUCCCUCCAUAUUGGCUCCUGUAGUGAUGUCAUUGUAAGCCACGCAUCAAAGAUCAAACUACCCUGGGGCAAAACAGACGCUGAAAAAGCCUACAACAAAUUCCGUUACUCGCUGUCCCGUGCUGAUAAUAACAUUCGAAAUGAAGUCUUCUAUUUCCAGAACAGGUUCAAGUGCUUGACUAGUCACUGAAAUCUGGACUCCCACUAGUCUGUUUGUUGCCUUAAUGUGAGUAAAGAUGGGACAUUUUGGUUGCUGUCAGGCAAAGUGAAGACUGCACAAAAUGUAUUGUUUUGUUUUUUACAGUUUGUUUACUGCCUAAACACCUGCUGUUAAGCAGAAUUUUUGGUAUAGAUUUUGUUCUGUGAACAGAUCAUGAUUAUUUGUUAUGAAUGGAAAAACACAAGCACUUAUGAAUUCAUACAAGACAUAAGCAGUGAUCCACUAAUUGUUGUUGUUUGGGCUUAGUCUUUUUUUCCCCCAUUACAUUCAAAGUAGCAUUUGCAUGACAACCACUUAGAGAAGCAACAUUUCAACUUGUCCGCUCACUUGUUAACUAGUUCCAAAAUUUGUUUCAAAUGACUCAGGUUGGUGAGACGGGAGUGUUUUCAGUGCUGUCAAAUGUUUGUUUGUGGAGGUUGAUUAAGCCUCCAUGUUUGAAGCUCUGUGACAGAUCAACAUAGAGUAUAUUUAAGCCAGGCUUAGUAUUAAUCAAAUUCAAACUGUGUUGUUCCAACGAAUAGAUCAUGGCCCACAGAUUUAUCAUAUUUCAUUGCUCAGAGAACAUUUAUGUUUAUGUGAUGUUUGUUUGUUAGUUUGUUCUGUAUUGCAACAGAUACUGUAUUUGUUCAUUUGGGUCCAAGGUGCUAAGUGACAAAGUAACGUGAGCAUCUCUUGCUGUGCGAGUAAACUUAUUGUAAAGUUUGAGUCUAUAUACUGUCGUACAAUUGAGUUAUUGAAUUUUUAAGGACUCUUUGCUAAAAUUCAAGUGAGGAAAUAAUAUUAUAAAACUUAUCAAGCUGUUGAUUGUAUUGUAUUCCUUGAAGACAGAGUGAAAUUGAAUUCCAUUUUUGCCAAAUAGAUGACUGCCAAAAUCUGUGCAGAGUAAUAUUCAAAUAUCUAGAGUACCUGCACCUUCCAACUGUUUUUAAAAUCGUAGGUCAUAAAUCAUUUUAUUAUUCCUCAUGUUGUCCAUUUCUUUGAUAUCUCUCUUAAUAUCUCUACGGAUUACUCAGUUCAGUCUUUUUGUACCUUGCUGGUGGUUGUAAUUACCUUGCCCAGCACUUACUUAUUUUUAUACAUGUCAUAUCUUCAGCUGUGUACCAGUGCCAACAUCCUCUAUUGCUCAGAAUGGUACUUUUUAUAAAUUAAUUCUUCUUCCUCUUUCAGCUUUCUCAACACAAAAAAUGCUUUUUUAAUUUAAAUCUUGUGCACAUUAAGUUUUGUUUUUUUUAAAAAGAUACAACAGGGUCCAAUACUCUGAUACCACUUUCCCAAUGUGAAGUGGUGUCCCACUGUGGACCCCACUGUAUGUUCUGUGUAUAAUACAGUGAAAUUAA